UCAAAAUUGCCUCUUGCCCGAAGAGAAAUUAAAUUCUACCCCAUCCUACUCAGACGGCUUAGAUACGGAGACAGAAACUGACCUGCGCAUCCUAGGAUGCGAACUGAUACAAACUGCUGGGAUACUUUUAAAACUUCCUCAGGCGUCAUUCGUUGACGAAAGGAUCAUUGUCUAAGGAAUGAUCUAUGGACUACGCCAAAUCGAUGCAUCAAUGAAGCAACCGAUCUUGGAUACAGACUUGGUUCAAAAAGCAUCAAGCCGGCGAUACCCAAAUUGAGCAUCGGUUGAACCCUUGAUAAAAAAAAAAUUCUCAAUCGACACUUCUGUGUACUAUCAAUAUUGUCCCAUGUAGGAACCUGUGCGCUUCCAUUGAAUAAUGUUAUAUAGAAUUAGGAACAGUCAACAAAGCGUAAGAUAUUUCCAGAUGCAUCCAGACUUAUCGCUAGAAAUAUGGUAUCAAUAUCACUCUGUUAAGAUUUGUAUUUAUGGUACGAAAACUCUUGAGACUGCAAUUACUAAUAGCAUAAAUACAGGGAAAGUAGUCUAUUUUCGAAACUUAGAAUCCUGUUUCGAAUAUUUAUUCCGAUUUCCAUAGAAUCUAUCAUAACCCUUGAAUCAAUGGGAUAUAACCAGCGGGUCAGAGAAGAGUUACCGUGAAGUAUUUAGCAUUGGUUUGGAUGCUUUUUAUUUUAUAAAAACAAAAUUUUUACUACGUACACGAAAGUAGAGUUUGAAUAUCUUUAAACGGCAUGUGUAACUGGCGCUAAAUUACGUUUGACUGGGAAAUAAUCGAUGUGACACAUUCAUUGUUCCGCACAGGCUACUAUGCGCUUAAUAACUCCAGGCAGUGAUCCUCUAACGAAUGACGUCGAAGUUUGGAAAGUAUAUUGCCUAGUGUUUGUUUAUAAUCAUGUUUCUCAUGUUUUCUUUCAGGUCGCUAUGGCCACCGGGCAAGUGAUAUUCCAGCGGUUCUAUUACAGUAAAUCAUUGGUUAGGCACAAUAUGGAAACAACGGCCAUGGGAUGCGUCUGUCUGGCGAGUAAAAUUGAAGAGGCUCCAAGGCGCAUCAGAGACGUCAUUAAUGUGUUCAAUCAUAUUAAACAAGUUUCAAGUCAGAAGACUAUCCAGCCAGUCAUACUAGACCAGAGUUAUGUGACGCUAAAGAACCAGGUAAUCAAGGCAGAGAGGCGUGUUCUGAAGGAGCUAGGUUUUUGUGUUCACGUUAAGCAUCCGCAUAAGAUAAUCGUCAUGUACCUUCAAGUUUUGGGUUACGAGAAGAACCGUGCGCUGAUGCAACAGUGUUGGAACUACAUGAAUGAUUCGCUCCGCUCAGAUGUAUUUCUGAGACAUCAGCCCGAGACCGUUGCUUGCGCAUGCGUUUAUCUAGGUGCACGCCAGUUGCAACUUCCACUGCCCGCGACACCUGCUUGGUUCAGGCUAUUCAAGGUUAGUGAGUCGUCCAUCAGAGACGUCUGCCGCCGAGUUUUACGCCUCUACGCUCGACCCAGUAUCAGCGCUGAACAAUUGGAGAAACGUGUCGAUGAGCUUCGCAGACGAUAUGAAGAAGCCAGAGCCAAGGCGAGGGGUGGUGAAGUUGAUGGUCAUACGCCCAGCCCUCCGCUACCAAAGCACCACAAUGCUUGGGGAGGAUUCAUCAGCCGCAGUGGGACACAUGCUGCCCCUGAAAGAGCAAAAUCGCCCAGGCAUUCUAGAUCUACCAGCCUCUCCCCUUCCCGAACUGACAUUGCAAAACAUGGGAAGCGAAAGAAACACUCGAGUAGAAGUAGAUCGCGGAGUCACAGUCACAGCAGAUCACGCAAACCGAAAAAGACCCAACGGCGAAGAUCAGGAAGCCACAAGUCGUCCCGUAGCCACUACAGAUCUCGUAGUAGAUCGAGAGACAGAGGGGGGGAUCCAGAUAAAACAGGGAAGCAUCGAAACAAGCAUAGACGCCAUUGAUCAGACAGAAUUUUUGUAAGAAAGAAUACAAUUUCAUUUCCUAUGCGACCAUUGACACGUAAUUUCGUCGAGUUAUUAUCUUGGGUAUAUUUACUUAAGUGUAAUCGCGGCUCUAUUAACAAAUGAUAUGAAUGUAUUUUAUUAAGUAACAAUCAAAUAAAAGUUAUAUUUCGAACGAGA